AUGGUCGUCUACGACAACCAUGAGAUUCUAGCUGCUGAGGAGAGGCGGUUGAAGGAAGACCGCCACCGCACCAAGUACUGGAAGAAGUGGGGCUCGUAUCUGCCCGAGAGGCAAUGGGCUACAGUCCGAGAGGACUACAGUGCCGACGGUGACGCCUGGAGUCACUUUCCUCACGAUCACGCACGUUCCCGGGCCUACAGAUGGGGCGAAGAUGGCAUCGCCGGAGUCAGCGACACCCACGGCUUUCAGAAUAUCGCCUUUGCCUUUUGGAACGAGAAGGACCCAUUCCUCAAGGAAAGACUCUUCGGCUUGUCCAACCCACAAGGGAACCAUGGCGAGAGCGUCAAGGAGGCCCAUUUCCACCUGGACAACACUCCUCACUCCUAUAUGAAGUUUCUCUACAAGUACCCCCAAGCCGAGUUCCCCUACGAUGACCUUCGAGACGAAAACGCAAAGCGAGGCAAGCAGGAUAGGGAAUAUCAACUUCUUGACACAGGCUGCUUCAAGGAUGACAAGUACUGGGACAUAAUCAUUGAGACGGCCAAAGAGGACGAUGACCCAGAUUCGCUGCUCUUCCGAGUGACUGCUUGGAAUCGUGGCAAUGAGCCCAAGCCAAUUCAUAUCGUUCCUCACGUGUGGUUCAGAAACACUUGGGCCUGGGGUCGCGAGCCUGAGGAGAACAAGCCCUCGAUCAGGCUGCACUCUGAGAACCUGGCCAAGUCACACCAUCACUCCCUGGGAGAUAGGUACUUCCUGCUUUCUCCUUCCCCAGGCGUUGGCCCCAGCGGGGAUGAUGUCGACCCAACGAUGCUCUUCACCGAAAAUGAUACCAACUUCGAGCUUCUCUACGGCGGGGAGAACCCCCAACCCUACGUGAAGGACGCUUUCCACAGGCACAUUGUCGAUGGGGAGAAGGACGCUGUGAAUCCCGCACAGCGCGGGACGAAAUGCGCUGCUUGGUUCCCGUUCAACGAGGCCGGUGGUGUCCCGCCGGGAGAGUGUGCUGUUGUCCGUUUCCGUUUCAGCAAGAAGGAUGACACCUACCUGGACGAAGAGGAGUUUGAUGACAUUAUCGAGCGCCGCAAGGAUGAAGCCGACGAUUUUUACUAUAAAAUCAGUCCCCUGCCCAUGUCGGAUGACCUGCGUAACAUCCAGCGACAAGCCUUCUCGGGCAUGAUGUGGUGCAAGCAGCAUUAUCUGUUCAUCUGGGACCAAUGGGCUAAUGGCGAUCCGGCCCAGCCGCCACCUCCCCCAGACAGAAAGGCUAUCAGAAACUCGCAGUGGAGGCACAUGCAUUGUGAUGACAUACUCUCCAUGCCAGACUCGUGGGAGUACCCUUUCUUCGCAGCUUGGGACAGCGCUUUCCACUGCAUCCCUCUGGCCAUGAUCGAUCCUGACUUCGCCAAGAAACAACUCGAUUUGUUCACCAGGGAGUGGUAUUUGCAUCCAAAUGGGCAACUCCCUGCCUAUGAAUGGAACUUCGGGGACGUGAAUCCGCCGGUCCACGCUUGGGCAACCUUCCGCACCUUCAAGAUCGAGCGCAAAUUGUACGGACGGCAGGAUCUCGAUUUCCUGGAGCGCGUGUUCCAGAAGCUACUUCUUAAUUUCACCUGGUGGGUAAAUCGCAAGGACGUGGAGGGCAAGAACGUGUUCGAGGGUGGGUUCCUUGGUCUGGACAAUAUCGGCCUUUUCAACCGAUCAGACCCCCUUCCCACCGGCGGUACCCUGGAGCAAGCAGACAGCACAGGCUGGAUGGCAUUCUACUGCCUCUGCAUGCUGAACAUUAGUCUUGAGCUCGCCAAGCAUCGGCGCACAUAUGAGGACAUUGCUUCAAAGUUCUUUGAGCACUUCAUCCUCAUCAGCGACGCAAUGACGUUCAGAACAGGACAGAAAGACGAGAAAUCGCUGUGGAAUGACGAAGACGGCUUCUACUACGACGCGAUUUCAUGGGGUGGACCUUGGAUUCAACAGAUGCCAGUCCGUUCCCUGGUCGGCCUGAUUCCGAUGUAUGCCACUCUGACCUUGGAGCCAGAGCUGAUCAACAAGCUUCCCUCCUUCAAAAGAAGGCUGGAAUGGUUCAUGGCAAAUAAGUGCGACGUUGCAGAGCGGAACAUGCACAGUAUUCGCAAGCGUGGAAAAGGGAACCGAAUUCUCCUGUCCAUCGUGAGCAAGGACCGGUUAGAGAAGCUCUUAAAACGCAUGUUGGAUGAGGAUGAAUUCCUGAGUCCUCACGGCAUCCGAUCUCUGUCCAAGUAUCACGAGAAACAUCCUUACUCCAUGGACGUUAACGGACAGCAGUUCCAGGUGGGCUAUGUCCCAGGUGAUUCUGACAGCGGUCUCUUUGGAGGCAACAGCAACUGGCGUGGCCCGGUCUGGCUCUGCGUCAACUUCCUCCUCAUUGAGUCGCUGCAACGAUACUACCUGUUUUUCGGACAGAGCCUGCAGGUAGAGUGCCCCGUUGGAUCCGGUGACUACAUGCAUCUAGGCCAUGUGGCCGAAGAACUCCAGCACCGGCUGCAGCACCUCUUCACCCGUGACAACGAUGGCCGUCGAGCUAUCAACGCUGGUGACGACACGCUUGAUUUCGAUCCUCUGUGGAAGGAUAAUAUGUGGUUCCACGAAUUCUUCGAUGGAGACACGGGUCGUGGUCUGGGAGCGACACAUCAGUGCGGCUGGACAGGUUUGAUUGCCAGAUUGAUCCACGACACAGGUGUCACCUGCCGUCUUCCACAAACGCCACGCACGCCGUCAAUCGGCAUGGCCCAUUACUUCGAUGACGUGUUUAGCCGACAGGUCGUUCCGCGGUCGCCAUCGAUGCCUCGCAUCAGGCGGUCGUCGACAGCCCGGUCGAUAGGUGCACGGAGCGACUUCGACCAUAGUGAGGCUAAUGGCUACGACGACGAGCAAGACGGCCAUAGUAUUAGCGGUAGUGUUGUCCUGACCGAUGACCCGCAGCGCCUCCGCGAAAAGGAAGAGGCGGAUGAGCACAUGCACAACUACAUCGCGGAACAGCUCGAGAGGGUCAAGACUGAGCAACUCAGCAAUGGCAAUGGCUAUGAGAAGGCCGACGAGAUCGAGGCCCAAGCCUGA